GAGGAAACUGCCAGAUUGCCAAGGCAAACAGGCUGCUUCCUCUUCUGUGUUUGUGCAGAGAAGGGAAAAAAUAAAAUCCCACGCUUCGGAGCCGAUAAAAUACGUCCUGGAAAUCACAUGCAGACACACCAAUAUAUAUCUUUCCUAAGUUCAGCAGAACUUAUUCCUGACAGGAGCCUGACACGAAGAUGGUUUUUUCUUCCAUCUGGCUCCCGGUUGUUCUGGGCCUCUUCGCCGCAGAUGCAAGCCGCCCCAGAGGCCGUAUCCUGGGGGGCCGGGACGCCCCCCGGCGCCCGUACAUGGCCUCCCUCCAGCUGAAUGGGCAGCACCUCUGCGGGGGCUUCCUCAUCGCCGACGAAUGGGUGCUGAGCGCCGCCCAUUGCCUGGAGGAUGCGGGCAACGGGACUUUUGAGGUUCUCUUAGGGGCAAGAUCGCUCUCUCUCCCUGAACCCCACAAGCGCCUAUACGGGGUCCGCCAGCUGAUCGCCCACCCCGGAAGCCACCGAGACACCAACCAUGACGACCUCUUGCUGGUACAGCUGGAAGAGGCUGCCUCCUUGAACCCGGACGUGCAAAAGCUAGCUUUCCAACGCCAGGGCAGGAACGUCCCCGAAGGGACCCUGUGCGAGGUGGCCGGCUGGGGCAUCACUCGCAACACGGGCAAGCGGCCAGACGUAUUGCAGCAUGUGGAGCUGGGGGUCAUCGGCCGAGCCAAAUGCAACCAACGGAUUCACCACGACGGGGAGGUGACGGAGAAAAUGAUGUGUGCCGACUCCAGGAAGAAAGACUCCUGCAAGGGAGAUUCGGGGGGGCCCCUCGUCUGCAACGGCGUCGCCGAAGCCGUCGUCUCCACCGGCUCGCGAGUUUGUGGCAACUGGAAGAAACCCGGGAUUUAUACCCGAACUGCUCCGUACGCCGAAUGGAUCGACAGUGUCUUGGCCAACGCAACCAGCGGAUCUCUCCUUGCCCCGCAAAUUUAAGAUACAAAAUUUAGAAGAGUUUCUUCCAAAUUUAUUCUACAAAUAUCUCAAUAAUAAAAUGUCACUGAUUGACUCUUCCAA